AUGUCAUCAUCAAAUCAACAGGGGCCAAUGUCAUCAUCGGAUAGGCUCAACCAAUCUCUUCUCAACAAGAUGAAACAACAGAUUUCUCAUUCAAUUCAAGUGAACACAAAACCACAAAAAUCUCUUUUUGAUAUGACUCCUCAAGAUAUGAUGAAAGAGGCAAUUCCGGGUGCACUCUAUGGAGUAGUAAAAUUACCAAAUUUUAGUUUGGAAAAGAUGAUUAAUACGAAUGAAAAUGUUAAUCAUGUUCAUAGAAACAAUUUAGGAGUAUCCGCACAACAAAUUAACACCUCGGGAGCAGGAUUGUUUUUGGGAUCUUGUGGCUCGAGUUUAACAGAUCCACAAUACAAACAAGUACGGAAAAUCUACUGCGGAGGCAUUCCUGACAAUACAAGCGAGCAAGAACUGGUAGAAUUCUUUUCAACACAAUUACGAAAAGCCGGAAUGGAUUACACCAAUCAUUCGCAGGCUCCUCAACCUGCCAAUUCGCUUGAAUUAUUAAUCGCAGCAGGAAGCUCAGGAGGAGGCAGUGGAUACAGCUCGCAAUAUCAGUUCACAGACGAAAAUGUUGUACAGAUUUCAGUGCACAAAGGUUAUGCCUUUGUUGAUUUCCGAACACCACAAGAAGCCACUUAUUGUGUGAAUAAUUUGGACGGGGUACAAUUUAAAGGCUCUACUCUUAAGAUGAAGAGACCAAAGGAUUAUUACGACCCACAAGUUACUAUUAACUUUACCUAUAAUAGGCCUAAUGGCGGUAAAACUAAUGGAAGUGCUAUUUCUAAUCUAAUUAUUAAUGAUGUACUUAUAGAUGUCAUGCCAAGCAAGAACGGAUUUCUUCUGGAUUCUCCCAAUAAGCUAUUCAUUGGAAACAUUCCAAAAGAAUUAAGUUUAAAACAAAUUUGUGGAUAUUUAACAAAGCGAUAUCAGUCUAAGGCGGCAUUGAGAUCUAUUCAUGUACCAAAAAUUUUUGAAAACGAAAACGCAUAUGGAAAUGAUGGAUUUUUAUUCUGUGAAUAUUAUGGAAGCAACGAGAAAGUGUUACCUGAAAUUGUUCGAACAUCUCAAAGACAAUUAAUUGAGGAAAUGAAAAAUAUGGCUAUCAUUACAGAAGAAGAAUAUGCAAGAAUACAUCCAAACAUCAGCUCUGACAUCUAUCUGUUAGUUCAAAGAGCUCCAGCAGAAGCCAAGAUCGAGUUAACUGAAAGCGACAGAAUUUCUGAUCUUCAACAGGAAUAUAGACAACAGCUUGUUUCUGAUCCAAAACGAGCAGCUGUUGGAGGUUUGCUUGAUCUCAAUGUUAAGUAUGAGAAUGCACUCCAAAAACUAGCCCUUCACGAAAACGUUCAAAUCACACCAACCAACGUUUUAGCUUUUAUGAAUUGUAUGAACAUACCUGAGGAUUUUGCCCGAAUUGAAGAAAUCAAGCGAGAUUUCUACAAUGAAUGCUCUGCAUAUGGAAAGGUUGUGCAGGUAUCCAUUCCUUCUCCAGACCCACAAAGUACAAACAGCGAUCCUGCAGCAUUUAUUUAUGGUGGAAACAAUGUUGGAAAGGUACUUGUUAAAUUUUCUGAGGUUCAAGCUGCUGACAAGGCACAAAAAGAACUUGCUGGAAAGCAGUACAGAGGAAGGACCCUCAUUACAUCGUUUGUACCUUAA